AUGGCUUCGACGCGUCAUCCAUCGCCUUUGCGCAUCUACCAGGACACUGGCCAUCCUCCACCCGGGGCUGGCACCGGUGGUGUGACUCAAGUUCCCAACCCUACUUCUUCCAACAAGCCAAAUCGUCUACAACCUUCUCCCAUGCCACUGCAGCCCAUGAGAAACGCGUCGAUUAACAAGAAUUUCUCCUUGAAUCUCCCUUCCAACGGACCAUGUCCUAUCUCUCCUGUGAAGACCCAACGUCGGCCAAGCAUGUCAGAUUUGGGUCACCGCGAGAAGUUGGGCUUUGUCCCGAUAUCUGCACCCAAUCCCGUCGCAUUUACCACGGAUUCACCAACAAAACCUUCUAAUGAUCAGGCUUAUUCCCAACGUGUCCCGCCAAUGACACAGCAACCUCUCUUUACCACCUUUUCCAGUAUUCCUACAGACCGCCAGAAUGCGCCCAAGGUACCGCAUAUUCAUCAUCAUCACAUGAGCGGCCCACACAAUGAAAACUUUAAGCCUUCCUUUCAAAAUCCUUCCUCUGCAACCGCUGCUCCUGCCAAACGAUCAUUAAUGGAACCUGCACCGAUGAAGGAACGUCAGUCCAAGAAACCCAAGCGCGAAGAAUCGGCUUUUGUUGAAGUACCAAAUCCUACAGAUAUGCCCCUUGUUGAGGAUGAUGGCUCGAAACCCCCAUAUAGCUAUGCUAUUCUUAUUGGAAUGGCCAUUCUGCGCUCACCAAACAGACGUCUGACUCUUGCCCAGAUCUACAAGUGGAUCUCAGACACUUUUGUCUUCUACCGUGCUGGCGACUCGGGCUGGCAGAACAGUAUCCGCCAUAAUCUCAGUUUGAACAAAGCUUUUAUCAAGCACGAACGCCCAAAAGAUGACCCUGGAAAGGGCAACUACUGGGCUAUUGCGCCUGGCAUGGAAACUCAGUUCCUCAAGGAUAAACCUUUGCGUCGAAACACUAUUUCUGGUAUCCCUGUGGCACAGUCUGCCCCUCGUAUGGAGCCGCGUUUUGAGCCUUCAGCGCCUGCUCAUGUCUGUCCAACUUCUACUACGACUGCCAUAGCCACCACCGUCACUAAUACCACGGCUGCCACGUCUGCGACUACCACUACUACCAGCAAAUCUACAAACACUGUUGCGGUUACAUCCACCCCAGUGUUAAGCGUGACAACCACUGCUACAACAUCUUAUAUGCCACCUUCGAAUCGCCAACCCUCUAAAACUGCCAAUGUAGACCUGUCUUCUGAUGCUACUUUGCCUGCUUCAGACCCUGCACUUCACGAAGACAGUGGAGAUGAAGUUGGACGCCUUGCCAUACCCCAAUCCCAUUUUCCCCACUCAUCGUCUCCACACCCUAUUCAUUCUUCACCUCCCAUUGCUGCUUCUAUCUACCACCGCCAGGCUACUCCUCCAACUCCAUCUCGUCCAGUCACCUCUUCAGCCGCCAUCCCCCGUUCAAGGAAGCGCAGCGCUACGGCGAUGAAUGACAGUGGCUAUUAUUCUUCACUCGAAUCUUCUGCAAUGCGUCCACACAAAGCCGGUCACAUUAUAACCUCUGAUUUGGAUAUUGAGCAACCUCGUAUCAAGCGAGGGCGCGCUGAAGAGGAAAUUGCACGCAUUCGAAGCUCGUCUCAUGAUAUUAGUCCAUUGCGUAUUGGAACGCUGAAAGAUGCUACUCAGCUGAUUGGAUCAUCACCUCUUCGACAUGAAUAUAACAAUAUGCUUCCCCCACCUAUUACUCCAGCAAUUAAGUUUAAGAAACCAGUCAAACCUCCACCUUCCCUCUCUCCUAAUACAAACCUACAGAACCAUCGCAAGAAGAUUCAACAGAUGGUGAAUUCUCCAAUCAAGCGCUAUGGCCUCACCGAUGAUGUUCUCCCCUGGAGCCCUGCAUUCAACAUCCAAGACGAUGCUUUCCUUUCGAAUGAUAAUCUCACCAUACCGUUUGAUGUUUUCGCCGAGCAGCUACCAAACACCAUUUCCACCCCUACUUAUGGUUCACCAGAAAAGCGAUCCGUCAAGCGUCAGCGUGCGGACCGUCCCAAUCUAACCAGCAACUUGCUUACAGACAUCACAGACCUUCAUGGUAAUAGUCGACUAAACACCCCACCGCCGAUGAAAGCAUCCAGGGCGAGAGGUCCCAAAUACUUCGAAUCUUCACCCAAGAAGCCCAAUACAUCACAUUAUAAUGAUAUUUCUCACGAUGACUUGUUCUCAUUCAAUCUCUUCAGUGAAGACAAUGCAGAGGUUGACGGAAUUGACCUCCUUCAAGGCUUUACAAAAAUCGGUCACACCGAUAAUGAUGGCAAUUCUCCCAAGCAGCUUCUUCAAAAUCAGUCAUACUUUGGAUCCAGAAGCAAUAAUAACAACCCAAGAUUUUGA